AUGGGGUACUAUCUGGCAGACGAGAUCUACCCUCGAUGGCCCGUGUUCGUGAAGACCAUCACAUGUCCGACAACGAACAUGAGGAAGUUGUUUGCCAAAAAGCAAGAGGCGGCUCGGAAAGAUAUGGAGCGCGCAUUCAGAGUCCUCCAAUCACGUUGGGCUAUAGUGAAGGGUGCGGCCCGUGGUUGGCAUUGUCCAAUAAUCGUCGACAUCAUGUAUGCAUAUAUCAUAAUGCAUAACAUGAUCGUUGAGUACGAGGAAGAAAACGUCACUUUCUGGAGCGACAAUCCGCUCGCCAGCACCAGCAGUAGCUACAUUGUCACCGACCCGCCCGUGCAAGGUGUUCCUCCCGACGUGCGCAAUGUCAUGGCCUGUUCAGCGGCGAUGCGCCAAGAAGAACUACACACACGCCUCCAAGCGGAUCUAAUUGAAGAAAUUUGGAACCGCAAUUGA